AUGCUGAACAUGCUGGCAUGCGCAGCUAUCGCCAGCGUCAGCGUCAUGAACGUCCGGGCCCCGCGCUUUCUCAACUCGCAAAUGCGCUUCCUGUUCACCUACGGCGGCCGCGGCCUGCUCCUGUACAACAUCAUCGCCUGCGUGUACACAGUGACCCUUGGGGUCGCGUACCUGGUGCUGGCCUGGGUGUCCAUCAUCCCGCUGCAGCACGGGCUGCUCUACAACUGGUCAGCACUGGUGCUAGCGAGGGCGCGAAAGCAAAUGUACGAAAGCAGCAGUAAGCGCACGCACCGGACCCGUCGUGGAAUGACCAACGAGCAGUACGACGCGCCGUUGCUGGGAACUGCCAUGCCUGGGCUCAAUAGGUCGUCAAAUGGGUCGGCCAGCCAGACAACGUAUUUCCAGGAGCGCUCGGUGUCGUUUGCUAAGGAUUCGGACGAAUUCUCAACUCUCGACCAGGCGGCCAGCGGAAACUACACGCAGCAAAAGGAGAAGCGGGGCUCACGGAUCUAUGGCAUGUCGACAAGGGCCCGGCGCCUGUCGACUACUGGCGACGCGUACUUGGAUGAGAUUGUCAAUAGCUCGCGGUUUGCCAGAGACAUGAUGGACCCGAGUGACAGCGAGUAUGUUGUGGCCGGAGACUCUCGCCAUUACAAGUCACCCUCUGGGCUUGCCAGCCGGAUCUCGGACAACAGCAGCCCACGGACCACUAUUUCUAUUCCGCCAGCAGCUGCCUAUGCUGCUGAGCAGCCGGCUCUGACAGAGCAGACAUACAUGUCGCAGCCCAGGGACGGGAUGGGUACCGGAAACAACCGCAUUUCGUCGCCGCUCCCAUCACCCGCGAGCUAG